GUGGGCCUCAUCGAGCCGGCGUUCGGGCCCGGCCUGUACCUGGACCGGGCCCCCAGCUCGUUCCAGCGCGGAGAGGCCGUGGACCUGGUGGUGGUCAGCAGCGACAAGGAGAUACUGGUCACCAACAGGCCGCAGGAGGCCGUCGACGCGCUCGUCGAGCUGACCGGCCUCAUGACCAGCGCCGAGGCUGGCCGCGGCGCGCUGAGCCUCGAGCUAG